UGCUGAUCAAAGCAUCAACUUCAGCCUUCUUCAGGUUGCAGAAGAUAUUUGCUUCCUUGGGCAGUCGACUCCUUGUCUGACUGCGCCAAUGACACUGGUUGGAUGUUCUAAGAUGAAUGUUCGUUGACUGUUGGUUGGGAAUAAGGCCAAGAGGGGUUGGAUUAGUCAGCCGGUGGUCGUGAUUCACGACGUCGAAAAGUGACUUCUAUCUCCAUGACGAUGGCUGCGGUUUGGAUUUAAUUGGCAUAAUGUUCAUCAGUUCCGCAGCACGGCCAGCAAUAAACAGCCAUAUGGAUGCCUAUCAUUUGGGCCUGAUUUCUAACUGCUUUCUAUUUUCGCGAGCGGCUACCUUUGGUUCGAUUGAUCACUAUCUCGCGAUGACCUAGUAUUCGUCAUUGAUGGUAGCCGGCAUUUCAGCCUGCAUUUUUUACACAUUCUGACUAGUCCGCAUAAUUCCAUUUGUUCGUGUUCCCAGGACCAUAUUUCAAUUCAUUGUGCGCUGUUCUUGUCGUUGCUUCUACGGUACAUGCAAGCCCCGCGUCAAUCUACUGCUAUUUCCACUUCUCGCAGAGCAAUGCCACUGCUUCAUAGACCAGCACCCAGACCUAAGUGCUCCGAUUUCCCUGAUGGAUGAACCUGUUGAAAGCCUCAUGAAAGGCUUGGAAUAUGAAUACUGCCCACCGCUCGACCCGGCCCUUUUCGUGGCUAUCGCAAGCGAUUAUAACCUGCUCGACGAAGAUACCGUUCGGCAACUGCGCGACACGCUAGACGCCCUGAAGGCUUCCGCUGAUGAGCAAGAAAAUACUGCAUUUGACCCCUCUGGCACAAGCGGCCAGGGUCACAUCGCAGGGGAUCAGGACGAGCUUGCGUCAGAGCAAGAUGGAUCGCAUCCAACCCUGGACUCUUUAACGUCGAACCUCACGAGCCUCGAGUCGGACUUCUCGGCAGCUAGCUUGGGGGAAAACCAGAAUCCCUCGCACUAUGGUGGACUGUGGAGUGGACAUCAUACCGAUACCGAACAACCCUCUAACCGUGUUUCUCGAAUUGCAGGCUUGACUGCCGAGGGCAAGAUGACUUAUUUGAUGGAUAUGUUUCCGUCAAUUGAUCAGUACACGAUUCUUCAUACUCUAAGAAAAUGCGGUGAGGAUAUUGAUCGCUCGAUGGAUGUGUUGCUCAACCUAGCAUUUUUUGAAGACCAAAGCGCGGAUGACCAGGAGGGUAGAGUGUCAAUACCGAAGGGAAUCGAUGGAUUCGAAAGCAACAUCCAAUCAAGAGGUCGAAAAAGAACAAGGAAUAAGCAGUCAUCGGGAAAGCAGGCUUCGCAACGUCAGAUGAGGGCAUCAUCAGCCCUGACGCAUCACAAAAUCAACAAGGUGGACAACAAAUGGGAAAACAGUAAAAGAGAUGUCGACUUUAUCUGCUCCAGAACUUACUUAUCGCCUAAUUCUGUGACUUCUGCGUACCAUCUGAAUGGAGCAUCCCUCCCAAACACACUGCACUCUCUUGCAUCCACAGAGGCAGAACAACACGCGAAGGCUAUGAUGAAUAAUUCAGUCACAAUCACCCAAAUAACAGAACUCCAGCAAGAGUUCCAUAAAGUUUCCCCCGAGAAACUUGCCGGAUUGCUUCGACUAGCCAGGAACUCAACCUCAGCAGCAAGCGAGCUUGCAACCGUGAUGAUAACCGUCAAACCACCCCCACUAGCCAGAGGAAUUGUCCAAAUAAAACAAGCCCCUAUAAACCUGGAUGACUCCCCAGCGCACUCUCAGAAAACCCCUUCAUGGACACCGCAGCCUCGCCGCGACCACCUCACAAGCAGAUCGAUAGCAGACUCUCACAUCAUCGCAGGCCACAGCGCUUUCAACAAGGCCAAUUCAGCCUACCGCCGUGCCAAAUCGGAUCAUCUGAUGGGCGGUGCGGCCGGGUACUACUCCGCAGUAGGUCGGGACCAUAUGGAAAAGGCCAAAAAGGAAGCCGCAGCUGCCGCGGACGCACUUGUGGAGUCUCAGUCCAAUAGCAGAUUAUUGGACUUGCACGGCGUAAGUGUCCAACAUGCUGUUAGCAUCGUGAAGAGAAAGGUGGAAGCAUGGUGGGAUUCACUUGGAGAUACCAAAUAUGCCCCUGGUGGCUGGGGCCCCGUGCAGGAGGGCUAUCGCAUCAUCACGGGCCUCGGUCGCCAUUCCCGGAAUGGAACUGCGAGGGUGGGUCCGGCGGUUGCGCGGGCUUUGGCUAAUGAAGGGUGGAAGGUUGAGGUUGGUGAGGGCUACUUGACGGUCAUGGGGAUGGCUAGGCGCCGGUGAGCGUGGGUUCCUCGUUGGGCUUUGACGGGAUAUUUGCUCCUACUGGGGGACUUACUAUUUCUUUGUUGCCAUUGAUUACAGGGUAGACUCAUAGAAGAGACGCCUUUUAUUGCUCCAGGAACUUUGUAGUUCAGGUUUGUUUGGUGUAUGUGUGUAAAUAUUACCAAGACUUGUGCUAUUUAAUGACCCCUCAAUGACAGAUUAUAACAAGCUAAUAUUUAAAAUUCAAAAUUUUCCAUAUAUACAUGUAUCUGGC